AUGGACUCUAAUACAGAGCAUUCACCUGAUGUGCUAUGGAAGCCCUUGCCAUCAUCUGGUUUCCAUAUUAAAAACCUGAUACGGAUGGCGAACGAGAAACAUGGAGCUGCUGUCACGGACUAUGAAUCGCUGUGGGCGUGGUCGACGAACGCGUCCACAGCUCCCACCUUCUGGAUGGAAAUUUUUGAGUAUCUGGGAAUAAAAACAAGCAAAGGACCGCAUGCCGCGAUGCAACCUCAUCCCAAGGGGUCAGAUUGGAUGUAUCCACCUGUCAAAUUCUUCCCGGGGGCGAAGAUGAAUUUUGCAGAGAACAUGUUUGCCAAUUACCAAGCGGAGGAAACCGCGAUGCAUAUUGUAUCGGAAGGCGCUGACCAUAUUCGAAACGUAACGUGGCGUGAACUGCGUGAUGAUGUUGCAAAAGUCGCCGGAGCUAUGGUUGCUUCAGGUGUAAAGGAGGGAGAUCGCAUCGCGGCUGUGAUCUCGAACCGGCUGGAGACCAUUGUGAUCUGCUUGGCAGCGCUUUCCAUCGGGGCUAUAUGGUCAAGUUCGUCACCGGACAUGGGCGUGGACGGGGUGCUGAGUCGGUUGACCCAGAUUCGGCCCAAGCUCGUGUUUUGUGAGAGCGAAGUGACUUACAACGCGAAGCUACGAGACCUACUGCCUAGCCACUGCCAGUGGACUAAGGUCUUGAGCAAAGACUCUCAGCUCACUAAAGUGGUUGUUAUAUCAGGAGAAAGGGAGAUCCUAACGGAAGAGUAUCACAAGAUGACCACUUGGGAUCGGUUCUUGGACCAGGACACCGGGCGGCCGUUGACAUUUAAGCAGCUGCCUUUCGACCACCCAGCAUUUAUUGUGUACUCGUCAGGUACCAGCGGUCCUCCAAAGUGCAUUGUCCAUUCUGCUGGAGGUUUAUUGCUACAAGUCAGAAAAGAUUGUUUCUUCAGCUACGACGUCCGUAAAGGAGACACUUUUCUGCAGUAUACAACAACGGGCUGGAUCAUGUGGGCCAUGGUUCUAGUCUCCUUAUCGUUUGGUGGCCGCGUUGUUAUCUACGACGGCUCACCAUUCGUUCCUGACUCUCUUGUUUUACUGAGGCUGGUCGAGCGACUCAGAAUUAAUGUACUUGGCACAUCGGCCAAGUUUCUAUCCAUGCUCAUGGAUAGCGGGGUAAAACCGAGGGAUGUGAUCGACCUUUCUAGCCUUCGAACAAUCACUUCGACAGGUAGCACUCUUACCGCAAAAGUUGCGAGGUGGUUCUACACGGAAGGCUUUCCCCAAAGCAUCCAUCUCGUUUCGACAUGUGGAGGGACCGACUUGGCUUGCUCUUUAAUCUCUGGAGCAGCAACACAGCCGCUCCAUGCGGGAGAGAUUCAAGCAGCAGCUCUUGGAAUGGCUGUUGAUAUAUUCGAUGUCGAUAAUGAAGCUGGAGUCUCGAUUAGAACUUCCGACACCCCGGGGGAGCUUGUGUGUACACGUCCUUUUCCUAGCCAGCCGGUUUCCUUUUGGGGAGACAAUACGGGAGAGAAGUACAAAAAUUCUUAUUUCUCUAGAUUCGGUGAGCGGGUGUGGGCACAGGGCGACUUCAUAUCCAGAAAUCCAUCUACAGGCGGCUAUUUGACUCAUGGAAGGUCAGACGGCGUGUUAAAUCCAGCAGGUGUUCGUUUUGGAUCCGCAGAAAUUUACAACGUUAUCGACAGCGACAAGGAAAUUAUGGAUAGUCUCUGCGUGGGGCAAAGACGCCAGAAUGAUAGUGACGAGACAGUCGUUCUGUUUGUGCAGAUGUAUCCUGCAUAUAAGUUCACCAGCUCUGUGGUAACCAGGCUUCGUGAAGCUGUGCGAUCCAAGCUCAGCCCAAGACACGUGCCGCGCUAUAUCUUCGAGGUUCCGGACAUACCUCAUACAAUCAAUGGGAAGAAAAUAGAGAUCCUUGUCAAGAAGAUAAUCAGCGGCCAGAACCCUCAAGUAAGCUCUACGGUUGCCAAUCCGGAGUGUUUAGAAUUCUACAAGCAGUUUGUCCACAUCGAGCAGGUGGAUGCUCAACAGCAGCAGAAAUGGAAUAUCUCCCGGCUUUAG